AAACGUUAUUUAUUCGCAAUUAUUACACGGGUGCAGGCUUUACAUAUGUAGAAGUAGCUCCGUAGUUUCUGAACGAUCUCAUACUUUAGAGGGACAUAUUUAAAGGACGGCGCAUCACAUCUGGAGAAACGAGCUAGUUGCAGCAUCACCUUAUUCCAGCAUCCGUGGCACUUUAGUAAUUUAUCAAAUAGGAUAAUCCGUCUGCUUGUUUUUGUAAUGUGCGGUUCUCGGUUCCGCUCAUUGUCUUAGGGUCGCCUGACAAGAUCGAGAGGAAGUGUUGGGCCCUGAUGGGCAGUGUUCUGGCUUUGUCUUCCACCUCAGGCCAUCAGAACUGGCCUUUCUCCACAGAACCAACUCCUUCUCGUUGGGAUGCACAUCCUGCUCACUGGGACAGUCCCCCACGCUGGGAGCGGAGAGAUGGCCGCUUACCCAACCCAGGCAGCUUUCAUUCUCUCCACAGAAGCUGCAAAGAUGUUUUUCCUCAACAGAUUGAGGGCGUUAAGAUGAUUGUCAAUAAAACUCUGAGCAGUUUUUUCAAGGUCAGUCAUGCUCUCCACCUCAGUGCUGUUAGUCCUUCAUAUUAUCGAUUCCACGUGGAACAUCUGCAGUCUGAUGAUUACAGCAAGGACAAGGAUGCCCCUGCAUUGAUUGGUGAGAUGGAUUCUUCGGGUAGCCUGAACGCUCAUGCUCUGCUGCAUCUCACUGAGCGUGUACGAGCCAGAACAGUGUUCCAGACUCAGCAGUCUCAGUUUGUAACGUGGCAGUUUGAGACUGAGUAUAGAGGAAAUGACUUCACUGCUGCUGUGACUGUAGCGAACCCAGAUGUCCUUAAAGAGUCAGUUAUCCUUGUGGCACACUUCCUACAGAGUGUGACAUCUGGACUUGUGUUAGGAGGGGAACUCGUCUAUCACAGGGGAAGAGCAGAGGAAGGGGGAAUCCUUACUUUGGCUGGACAGUACUCCAGACCUAACUGGGUGGCAACACUAAAUGCUGGAAAAGGAGGCGCCCAUGCUAGCUACUAUCACAGAGCCAACAAGCAGAUACAAGUUGGAGUGGAGUUUGAAGCCAGUACCAGGACACAGGAAACAACGACCUCUUUUGGUUAUCAGAUGGAACUACCAGAAGCCAAUAUGGUGUUUCGAGGCAUGAUAAACAGCCGGUGUAUAAUAGGAGGCGUGUUGGAGAAGCGUCUGACCCCACUCCCUGCCACCCUCAUUAUGGGAGCCUUCGUAAACCACAGAGGAGACAAGCUGCAAGUGGGUCUAGGUGUCAACAUAGGAUAACGCCCACAUAUUACAACAUGGCAUUAAAACUCACCAUCGGGGAGACCAUCCAAAGCCUAUGAAGGUACCUGAAGACUUAAUCUUUGUGGAUUAUCAUGGACUAUAGGGUUUUUUAUAGCUCAAACUUUUCCUUAAAUGGAUUCAUUUUAUCUUGCAACCUACCUCUUAAAAUAGAGGCGUUGUGUUUUAGAGAGCGACAGUAGCAUUCCACAGGCAGAUUGGAUCAACAUUUUGACAUGGGACUUGACAUACAGUAAGUUAUUGUGUCCCUGAAACCAGACUGCAUCACUCUGGACAAAGAGACAUGAAAUCAAAUUAGAUGUUCUGUCCCUACUAUUAUUUUAAACCACUUUCAAAUUGUGCGUAUGAGUGAUUGUGAGUUUGGUUGUCCAUAUGUAGACUGUUGACUCGAAGUGGAAAGGUACUGUGCCGUACUGUAUGUACUGUACUGUACUAACCUCUAGCAGAGGUGUGUUAGCAUAUGUACUGUCUCUACUUAGCCAGAAUGUAGAUGAAGACCUGUGAAGCACAGACCUGUAUGCAACUAGCACUCCUCAUGCUGCUUCUGGGAAAUUUACAGUCUGGUCUAACAUAUGAAAUGUUGAAUAUGUACAGUAUUAUUUGUACAUGAUGUAAAAUACGCAUGUAGAAAAAUGUUAAGGAAUGUCCUUUUGGACUUAAUUUAUUAAAGAUAUAAUUAUAUUUGUCAUAGUUACUGUAUUUUUCUUCAGCUUUAAUAUUUGUGGAUUAUUAAUAUUUGAUUAAAAUUUAUGUAUUGAAUGAAUGGGUUCAUCUGCAGAGGCACAUCACCAAAAGAUGUACAGUAGAUGAUCCCUGUGGCACCAACUGUAGGUGCUUCUUUUGUUUUAUUAAAAAGACAUCGGGUGUUA